AUGUUAGCAAUCAGUCUUCUCUUCGGAAUCUUCAUCUUUCUUUCUCUUGCUACACUAAAUUUUGCAAGUGAUGAUACUCUCGAAUAUGAGAUCCAUAUGCAGGGAGCUCUUCCAAAGCGGGCAAAUGAGUACCUCUCUCGCCUUUUUCCUCUCCCUCCAGAGCUUCAGAAAAGUUACGAGAGCGCAUUUAUUGUUGAAUACAUUCCCCUUGCCAACUCUUCAAUCGCACACCAUAUGGUUCUGCAUGGGUGCUCUCAGGCACCGCCUGAGCACUUUCGACAGGCUUCUAUGCAGCCACUCGAUUGCGGUAUUCUUCUCUACGCCUGGGCUAUGGGCGCCCUUCCAUUACGCCUUCCUCAGGGCGUUGGUUUCCGUCUAGGUCCCCAUGAGACAGAUAUUAAAGGUUUCCGGUUGGAGGUUCACUAUCGCACCCCACUUCUUCAGCCUGACUACUCGGGUCUGCGACUAAUUAUCCUGAGGCGCAGCAUGCCGCUACUUGCAGGAGUCUUUUUGGUGUUAGCUACAUAUGGCGAACUACCUGGACACACAUCUCACAUUCAUCUGGAUAUAUCAUGCAGGUAG